UCGCAUUUGCAUGAUGACUGCGAUUAGUAUCAGCAAUUCGAGAGGGGGUAGGUGUGUGGAGACUUGUAAUCAGUACGAGCCUGAUGUAUUAUUAUUCAAUGCGUGCUGCUUCCAAAGUUUUGGCAGGAGUGUUAAAAAUAGGAAGUGGCGGCUGCAUAGAUUUUGAAUUCAUAUACACAUACUUCUGUACCGAAUUAUGUCAGAAAAAGUUGCGUACCACAUCGAUACUGACGGAAAGCUGUGUUCCAGCCAGGACAAAGACGGGGAGGCAAGUGACGGGUCCUGCCUGGGCACUGACAAGGAGAUCAUCACAGCGCAAAGUCUGACCAUUGUGGAGGAAGAUGGGUCCUUGGGUUCAGGCGAGGAUCAAGCAGCAGUGGCGGAACUGGCGCACACACAGGGAUUGCUGGAUGCUGGCGAUGAUGAUGUGCAGUACCAGUUUCGUUCUGGAGAGGGCGGGACGGUAACAUACAGAGUCGUGCAAGUGGGAGGUGGAGGUGAUGCAGUGGAUCCCCUACCACAGAUUGUGUCUACGUCUCCUGGUUUUUCGACCGGAUCAGCUGGGGUGCAGCAAGGUGUACAAGCAGUCCUUACAAGCCCUAUUAAUGGCCAGUUCUAUGUGAUUGGCUCACCACAAGAUGUGUUCGGUACACAGAAUCCUCGCUCACUAGCACCCAGAGCAGGCAUUCAAAUUGAAACAUCCAGGGGAGGUAUCUCCGUAAGUGGGAGGGAUGACAGGCGACGUGCCACACACAAUGAGGUUGAGCGGAGACGGCGUGAUAAGAUUAACAAUUGGAUUGUAAAGUUGAGCAAGAUCAUCCCUGACUGUACAGCCGAAAGUGCCAAAACUGGCCAGGUGGGUGAUGCAAGGAGUAAGGGUGGGAUCCUUGCGAAGGCAUGUGAAUACAUUGUGGAACUACGUUCAUCGAAUCAGCGCCUGGCUGAAUGUCUGAAAGACAACGAACGACUAACAAUGGACAUAGAGAUGAUUCGACAGCAGAACGAGGAGUUGAAAAGGGACAACUCACUUCUUCGUGCACAGUUGUCACAGCAUGGCAUCAUCCCCCCACCUGAUCUUAGCAACCCGACAGUGUCCUAGUACAAAAUCUCCAAGGUUACCAGAUGGAUUUCAUGGUGUGACUUUUCUUGAAAGAAAUCAAGGGUGUGAUUGAAUUAACAUGUAACCACUUGUUUAAUGCAGAAGUUGGUAACAGUGGAGCACCCUCCAGUCCUCAGUGGCCUUGGUGCAGUGAGGAGAAAUAUACCGGGAAUUCUUUGGAUUGUUCGAGACUUGCGUUCUAUAGGAUGAUGUUUCACUUGGCCUUAUUGUUUGAAUGUACGGAGGACAUUGAUACAAAGAGGUUGUGCAUGAAGGAAUUGUACAGUGAAUUCCUCAGUGAAGGUUUCUUCGGGGUCCAAUUUAAACAUGAAGUCAAGGAUAGUCCAAAUGGGGUAAACUUAAAACACUGAGAUUAUUAACAUGAGACCAUUUAAAUUGAACAUAAAUGAAUCUCAUGAGUGAUUUUCCUUUAUGCUGACUUUUAUUUUGCAAGAGACUGGGAUCUUGAGAACUUUCUAAUGUAAUAUUCGGUGUAGGAUUGCCAACAGAUAGAAAUGUUCAUGUCAUUAUUGGACAUGUAUUAUCAAGUUCCAUCUGUAUUAUUAAUCAGAGCUUUUUAAAUUGUUCUGGUACAUAAUUAAAUUAAUAGUAAACAUUUAACAGAAGGGGUCAGAAGUCGUGCACUGCAGGAGAUUUUACCAUGGGACUACAUUAAUAUUUCUUUCCAAGUAAGUUAUGGAUUUAAAAUUAACAAAAAAAGAGGUCGGAGUUAAUUUUGGUGUGUGGAGAGGUCCAGGCAUUUGAAAUUGAACAGUCACAAUGGAAUUUAGUGAACAGCAUGAAAGAGGCCACCUGUGGGCAUCCUUUGGAAGACGCGACUUUUGCAAGACACUGUGUGUUAAAUGUAUUGUAAUCGCAAAUUAUUGAAGCAGAUAUAAAUUUUAAGUGAGGUGCUUUUAUUUGCAACCUUUUAAAUUCUUUAAAUAAUAAUAGUCAUAACUGUCAUAUAUGGCUUUUUAUUUGUUUUGCGCAACUGUCGUGAUUAUUGUUACACUUCUCUCUACUUAAUAACCAACUGAAAUAUGUCCCCAAAUUUUCUGCAAUGAACAAAGUUCUGAUUCUUCAGUGGUUUUGAAGAAAUAGGAGCAGUUUUAUUUUACCAAGGAAUCUCACAAUGUAGCAGUGCUGGAUCCAUAUUGCAAUAUCAAAUAUUUCCCUUUGUAUGUUUUAUCACUUUGUCAGUAUCAGCUGAUAGCCGUAAUUCAGUCCACUAGUUCUUGCCUGUGGAAACAUGCAUUUGUGUUAAUUUCUGUUGUUUAUUUAUAUUACUACUGGAGCAGUAGAUUCAGCAUUAACACAUUUAAAAUUACUUGAUGUAAGAAGUGUACAAAUUAUGCUGAUGUGCCCAUUGUUGCCAACCUUCAAAGUGAUCUGCUGAACAAUUGGCCAACAUGAUGUUGGUAUGGGUUGGGUUGUAAACAAGACUAGGUUGUUGACAAACUAUGCAAUGAUUGCGAUAUAUAUAGAUAUAUAUAUAUAAAUAUAAAUAUAAAUGGUUUUUAAUAUUUAUUAUUACAAUAUUGAGAGAGAAGAAUUGAUACUGUUUAUAUAUUUGUUUGUUCUUCAUUGAGUUGGUUGUAUAGGGAGAACACCGUAGUGUAGGUGCAAGACACAAAGUUGCAUUUCAUAAUGUUUAUGGUAGUUGUGUGUGACCUGUGUGGAAGUUCUGUACAUUAACCUUUAUUGCCAGAGUAUAUAAAGGUAUAACUGUCUGCAAAUAUUUCUGUUCAAUUUGCAUUAGAAGACUUGUUUUGAAGGGGUAGGUGGACGGUGUUUGAGAUACAGAAGCUAGUAAAGGAAUUCUGGUGUGGGUCUGUGUCACUGCUUUCUUGUUAUAUGUGGUAAUUUGUAUAUUCAGCCACUAACAAUUAUGUUUUGUUCUGUGACGCAACAGGACCAUACUCUGCACCAAUCCACAGUUCACUGUGCUUGGGACUCUGUUAUAUGAAGCCAAGUGGUGAUGCAAUUUAAUUUAAAGUGCAGGAUUGUUGAAAAGGUAAAUUUAGAUGGUUCACUGUAGAGUGUAGCCCUGCACAAUGCAAGGGCUGAUAUGGCUCACUCUGUUAAUCUGAUUUAAUCACAGUUCGUUGUUUGUUUGCCAUGCAGUCAAUAGCAGUUGGUGUAGAAUGAUCACUUCUAUUACAGUGAAACCUCCAUUGAAGGUUUCUUAGGAGAGCAGCAGAUUUGAACAUUGAAGUGAGGGAAAUAAAAAAUGGAGGCAAUUUAACACUGAGUUUGCUGAUAUGGGAUCAUUGAAAUUGAAUGUUAAUAAUUAAUUCGCUUAGGGGGGGGGGGGGGGAGUCCAACUGGGUCCACUUGGCACU